AGUGUUAUGCAAUAAUAUCCAAUAUGAAACUAUACAAUAGCCAGAAUCUCAAGUUGUUAAUUAGUGACUCUUUGUUUUUGUGAUUGGUUUCGAAUCCAAAAACGAUUUCACCAUUUCAAAAACAUUGGAGCCCAUUAUAAAACUUGAUUAGUGAACUAUUUUCAAAAACAAAAUUCUAAAAUUUGCCUACAAUUGGAAACAGCAAAAGAUCGUUCAUGGCAAACAAACAUUUCACGUAUGCUUUGGGAAUGUGAAGUGCCCUUGUUGUUCGACGCUCGUUCACUGCCUCUCUUACUGCUCAUCUGUCCGGCGACGACGUUGAUUCAGGGAGAUGAAUAUAGGAUUGUUGCAGUAACGUUACCAUGUUGUAUCAUUGAUAAGCUUCCAUAGAUUCAGUAUCAUGAACCAGCAGAUGCUAGACACAUGUUUCCCCUUGCCAAGGAAAUGAGUGAAGCUGUAAUGAAGUUGUUUUUGAUUGGAGAGAAGUAGGUGGUUGCUUUUGACGUAUAUUAUUCUCCAUUUUGGUCUUUGUCGAAAUAACAUCAGACUCAAGGAACCAUAGUUGAUAAACUUAUAGCUUUGAAGUUAGUCUUUAUGCAUUUGGAGUUAUUAAUAAUUCUCUUCUUUCAUUUUUCUUAUUACUGAAACUUGUGACAUCAGAAAAGUGUGCAGAGCUUAUAAAUCAACAUGUAACUAAGCCUUACAAGCACUUGUUUCAAAUAAUGAUCAUCACCAACUCUGGUUUCAGAACCACCCUAAAAAGGGUUCUUUCCCACUCUGAAAAAUCAAUCUUUUCUGUUCUCUAUCAACCUCAUAAUCUUCCUUGCAAAUACACCCAGCACUCCAAUUAUGUCGAUGUGUAUAUGAAAUGGAAGAAGGACCAUUACUACGACAAAAUUGAUCAUAUUCACAAGUCCAAAGUUCUUAAACCUAUUGUUUCGCUCAAGAACUGUAUUGCCGAAGACCCUAAUGGUUGCAUCCCGAUCUCAGUUGUGUCCAAAAAAGGAGUCGAGUUAGAGGUGCCCAUGAAGGUUGCAAGGUUUUUGAGGCGAUACCCUUCAAUCUUUGAAGAGUUUACUGGCCCUCAGUACAAUCUUCCUUGGUUCAAGCUGACCCCUGAAGCUGCUGAGAUUGACAGAGAGGAGAGAAGGGUUUAUGAGGACUGUAGGAAGGAGUUGAGGGAGAGGUUGAAGAGACUGAUAUUGAUGAGUACAGGGAAGGUUUUGCCUUUGAAGAUAAUUCAGGGAAUGCAGUGGUAUUUGGGUCUGCCUGAUGAUUUUCUAAGAAACCCGGAAAAGAAUCUCGAUGAGACUUUCAGGUUUGUGGAAAUGGAAGAUGGGUUGAAGGGUUUGGCUGUUGAUAAUGGGGAGAAGGUCUUGUCUGCUGUUCAGAGUUUUGCAAUGAAACAAGGGGUUUAUUCUGGAGGUUCAAUGGAGCCAAUUGAGUUUCGGCUUUUCCCUUCUAAAGGGUUGAGGUUAAAGGUGAAGAUUAAGGGUUGGUUAAAUGAGUUUCAAAAGCUUCCCUAUGUGUCACCUUAUGACGACUUCUCACAUUUGGCUCCAGAUAGUGACAUUGCCGAAAAACGACUGGUGGGGUUACUCCAUGAGUUGCUUAGUCUCUUUGUUGAACAUUCAGCUGAGAGGAGGAAGAUUUUGUGUCUCAAGAAACAUAUGGGGUUGCCUCAAAAAAUGCACAAAGCAUUUGAAAGGCAUCCUCAUAUGUUUUACUUAUCAUUGAGGAACAAGACUUGUACAGCAAUCCUUAAAGAGGCUUACUGUGACCCUUCUGCUAUUGAGAGACAUCCAAUACUGAGGAUUAGAAAAAGGUACAUAAACUUGAUGCAGGAAUCUGAUGUGAUCUUGAAGAAAAGGAGGUUGAGUAAUCGGUUGGAUGAUGGCCCGAAUAUGGAUUUGGAUUUAGAUUCUACAGAUGAAGAUAUAGAAGAGAAGGAAGAGUGCCCUUUGCAAUGUUCUCAUUAUACAGAAACUACUUGAAAAUACACUGCUGAAACCUUAACUGAUUGAUUUUACAGUUGAGAUUAUGAUGACCAAUCGAGGUGGAAGGAAGUUAUGUAUUGACCAUACUUUUUGAUCUCAAGGUACUCUCUUUGAUUGGUUUGAUGUCUUCAUGACUUGUUGUAGUCAAAGAUGUACUGAUAAUUUAAAUGUGGUGCGAAGAAAGUUUGUUAUUGUCAUCA